UUGAUUUGCAUGAUCAUGAUCAACAACAUCACAACAUUGGUUGAUGCACUGGGGCAAUGUGAAACACUUGGACCUGAUGCAUGUUUGACAGCCUAUCCAGAUUGUUUGAUCAUACCUGUACUAUCAUGUUGUUCAGGUAUAGGAUCAAUAUGUGUCAGUUCAUCAUACCUAACAGUGAUAGACCUGCGGACUAAAGAUCCCAACUCCACCAUCUGUCUCCGACACAUCGCAUUCGAACAAGUCUUCCAACUAUCCUACAACAUACCCGACAUACCUGGUUAUCACAAAUUCUCAAUUACUAUUACAGAGAAGAAUGUUACAUGCAUGGACUGCCCUGCUGGGUUCUUGUGCGACAGGUUCGCUUGGGGCAUUAUGUGUACAGAGUGGAGUGAUAAUACGACUAGGGCAAGGUGUAAAGAUAGCCAGUCAGAAUGUUUGAGUGGCCAGACAUGUAACAGCAAGAACCUUUGUGAGUUUGCCAAAUGCGACGAGACAUUAUGCGGACCCAAGUUGUCCUGUGUCCAAUUCGACCAGACACAUCCACGCGUCUGUGCCUCUCGCAAUGUAGUUCCCUUCUCCCAGAUGCCAACAUGGCUAGAGAACUUCCCCUUCCUCAGCCAACAGGAUGGGGAGUUCGCGCGUCGC